AUGGCAACCAACGGUCCCUCUCAGAAUGGCAGCUACACGAACUAUGUCGCGUAUCGUGACCCCAAGAUUCAAGGCCAAUCCCGCAUUGGACACUUGGAUCUUCAAGCAUCAACCAUCCAACCUUUGAGUUUCCUGUCUGGGGCACCUCUUUCGGAUCUGUAUGAAGUUAUUGAGAUCGGAGAAGCGCAGAUCAAGCCCCUGGGAGAGCCUUUCCCUCUAUCAUCAAUUCAAUUACUGGCUCCUAUCAGCGGCCGAGAUGUUCUGGCAGUGGGAAAGAACUAUGCAGAGCAUGCCAAAGAAUUCAACUCUUCCGGAUAUGAUUCUAGCGACAAGGCGGAUCAACCAACUCAUCCGGUUAUCUUCACCAAGCGUUCUACGAGCAUCAUUGCCCACGGAGAAUCCAUCUUUCCACAUCCUGGGUUCACUGAAACCGUCGACUAUGAAGGUGAAAUCGGAGUAAUACUUGGCAAAAGCGGAUACAGAGUAUCUGAAAAAGAUGCAUGGGAUUAUGUCUGGGGCUACACCAUUAUUAAUGAUGUGACGGCAAGAGAACGACAAAGGGACCACAAGCAAUUCUAUAUCGGAAAGUCUCCUGAUACUUUCUGCCCAAUGGGCCCAAUCGCUGUACCUGCAAACAAGCUUCCCAAAAUACUACGAGUUGAGACUACUGUCAAUGGAGAGAAGCGUCAAACCGCAACAACCGAAGAUCUCAUUUUCUCCAUCCCCUUCCUUGUAAAGACUCUUUCCGAGGGCCAGACAAUUCAACCUGGUGAUGUUAUCGCAACUGGAACUCCGGCCGGUGUGGGUUUUGGUCAGAAGCCACCUGUUUGGCUUUUACCUGGUGAUGUUGUGGACGUCUCAGUGACCGGCCUUGGGGUUUUGAGCAACACAAUUGCGGAGCCGACUUCCAAGAACCCAACCAUUGCCCGUGUGGCGACAACUACUCGUAUUCCAAUAAGCAACUUGGACAAAACGUGCGGUGGCGUUGGUUUGACUACCGUAGGGUCUAAGAAGUUGUACUAUCGCCACGCUGGAGUUUCCACAGGUCCUCCCAUCAUUUUUAUCCAUGGUCUUGGUGGAUCCUCAGAGUAUUAUACCCCGCUCAUUACGGCUUUGGGUUUGGAGAAGACUCAUUCACUGCAUCUUUUGGACAUUGAAGGACACGGGCUUUCUCCGACCUCUGCAGGUUCCACAGUCACCAUUGAAACCUAUGCGUCGGAUUUCAAUAACUUGGCCGAACAAUUGAACAUCAAGGGCGCAACUGUGAUUGCCCAUAGCAUGGGAUGCCUGAUUGCCAUGACUUUGGCUCUGAAAAACUCGGCGCUCGUCUCGAAUCUUGUUUUGAUCGGUCCCCCUCCAUCUCCGGUCCCCGAAGCUGGCAGAAAUGGUUCCAUUGCUCGAGCAGCCAUAGUUCGAAGCUCCGGCAUGGCAGCCGUUGUGGAUGCCGUUAUCACUGCUGGAACAUCUGCAAAAUCGAAGACAGAUAACCCAGUUGCUAUUGCCGCAAUUCGAAUGUCAUUACUAGGCCAAGACCCGGAGGGCUAUGCCAAAGGAUGUACAGCACUAGCCGGCGCUUCAGAAGCUCUGCCUGUGAGUCAGAUCAAGGCAAGGACAUUAAUUAUCACUGGCGAGGAGGAUAAAGUCUCGCCUCCACAGAUCUGUGAAAAGUAUGCAGGGGAGAUUCAGGGGACAAAAGUCCAAGUCCUGCCACAAGUUGGCCACUGGCAUACUUUUGAGGAUGUGAAUGGUGUUGCAAAGGCCGUAAGAUUGUUUUUGUAA